AUGGACUUGCACACCAGCCACGAUGCCGGACCUGCCGCGCCGCCGCCGCCGCCGCCACCACCUGCUCUGCAGUCCUUCGACCGCUUCUUUGACCUGCCCCAGGAGCUCCAGGAGCACGUCCUCGGCUUCCUCGUGCCGCAGAACGCGCGCAUCCUCAUUGGGCCCCCGCUCUCCGCCUCGCUCCCGCCCGGCCGGGGUGUUGGCGACGGUGAUGGCGGAGGAAGAGACAGUAAUGACGACGAGGACGGCAGCAUAAGCUGGCAGACAGCGACGACGACGGCCCGCGGCCGGAGGGCACGGCAGGGCUGCUGCUGCCGCCCGCGCCGGAUCCGCGACGUGCCGCCGCCCGCGGCGCUGCGCCUCGCGCACCCCUUGCUCGGCGCGCUCGCGGGCCGCAUGUACUGGGCGCACAACGAGUUCCACCUCAACUUCCUGCCGGCGGCGGAGACCGCCAAGCCCGACACCUACUACACCAACGGGGACGACGAGCAGCGCGCGGCCUCCUCCUCCUCCUCCUCCGAGAUGGCGGCGGCGGCGGCGGCGGCGGCGCCGCACGCGUUCCUCUCGUCGUCGUCGCCCCCCCAGGGCUCAGCGGGUGCGGAGCCGAGUCUGGCGGCGCGCCGGCUCGUCGUCUACGUGCGCCGGCUCGACGAGCGGCUGUGGGCGGGGCGGGUGUGCGCCGCGCUCGAGCGGCUCGUGCUCCGGGGCGGGCUGCGCGCGCUCGAGGUGCGCGUGCUGGCGGGCGGGGCGGGCGGGGAGCCGCUGGCCCGGCUGGCGCGCGUGCUGGCGGACCCGGACCUGGACCUCGAGGAUAAGGGCCGCGGCGGCGACGGCAACGGCGGCGCGGCGCUGCGCGUGUGGAGGCGCGGGCACAAGGCUUUCUGGUGCCGGUUCCACGCCCGGCGGGACGGCGGCGGGUGUGGGACGCAGAAGUGUGGCUCUUCUUCUGCGGCGGCGGCGGCGGCGGGUGUGGGCGGCGGGGUAGUGGUGGUGGGUGAUGAUGACGACGACGAGGACGACGAUGAUGAGUGGUUGAGCAUCGAUGUGCCGGCUCUGGUCAGGGAGUACGGCGGAGAUGCCCGGGAGGGUAAGAUUGUGAGGGUUGGGGGCAGGUUUACUGGCUACUAG